AUGAAGUUUGUACCAAUUGGCGAAAAUUCACUUGAAGGCAGAAUACUUGUUGUACCAUCAUGUGGAUCAGGAUCAGUUGAUCAAUUAACAGUUGAUUUAAUUUGUUACAAAUUUGGAAAAUUAGUUGGUAGAUUUAUUUCAAAUAACGUCGAUAUGGUAGUUACACCAGAUCCUUACAAGAAAGAAGGUGGAGAACUUGCAACAGCAGUAGAUGUUUACAUUGGCGAAACUCCUUUAUUAGGUCCGAUUGCUUUAUUAAGAAUUGCAUCUUCAAUACCAAAACAAAAGCGUAAAAUACUAGAAUUUUCAAAAGAAAUCGCACACUUUGCCCAAGAAAACAAAAUAAAGGAUGUAUUAUUUGUUCGUACAGUUUCAUCGGUCUUCUGCUUAGAACAACAGAUUAGAGACUGGCCAUUUGCUCUUAGAGCUACAGGAAAAUUAGCUCCUAAAAUUAAAUUUAACCAAAUCGAAGAUUAUACAGAAGUUCAAGCAAUGCUAAAGAAUACAGUAUUUGGAGAUUUAUACAACUGCCUCCAAAAGCAGCCAGAAAUCGACUUAUCUGCUGCUUUCUUCUUCGUUCAUGAAGGAAGAGGCUUCAACGAAGCUGUAUUUUUCGCUAAAAAGUUAACUAAUGAGGAGAAUAUAGAAAUACCAUACUCUUGGGAAUUACUUAUGGAAUAA